GGUUAUUACGCGUUUUACCACGACUGCUCGCUGUGUGUCAGUCAUACAUACAAUCUUUACACCUUCAUCCACCGUCCAAGUCUUUCACUACUGUCAUGAAUUUUCUAGAUACAUACGGUAUCACUGGAUCUGGGGUCAGUACCCCCCCACAAACCGAACAGCCUGAGCAAAGUCUCAACGAGGAGGUUUCGCAAGUAAUUGGACAGCUCGGAAGGUUCUGGGGUGGAUUCAGAAAGCAGAGCGAAAGUGCACUGGCUACUGCGCGGAAAGAUCUCACUCAAGUCGUAACCCAGGCGCAGAAGGAGCUGAACAAGCUGACUGCAGAAACACCGGGAGAUGACCCUAAUGUGACAAAUGAGGAGACUGAGUCAGAGCAACAACCUAAUGCUCAGGCUGGACCAUCUUCUGAUGGUGCAGAUUCCCCAACUACACCUAUUGCAGAUGUGGAUACCACCCCGUCUUCCUCUCAGACUUUCUUCUCGCGGCUCCAAUCGUCACUCCCUCCCAACAUCGUUUCCACUGUGCAGACACAUAUCCCAGAGGGUUUGAGGAAUGCACCUCAGAACAUAGAUUUUACGCAGUUGCGGACGACGCUCUCAUCUGAGUUCCAACGGGUACAGGGCGUAACUCGUGCCCAGGCAGAAGAAUACGUUCAUAAGAGCGAACUUUUACUGAAGGAUGCUAUCAAGGAGGCCGGCGAUGUUCUGCGUGAUGCAGUCAAGGUUAUUCCACCUGAAGAAGGUUCAUCCACGUCAGGAGCCAUUUGGGACGGUUCUGAUGUGUGGAUGCUACCCACCCCACCUGGCGAGGCCGAUGGGAGAAGUAGCUCUAGCAUCAAAGGGAAAGGAAAAGAAACCGAUUCAGGCCCAUCAUCGAGACGGCACUCAGAAGAUGCUCAGCGCGCAGCAGCAACGCGAGCUGAAUUGCUGUUGAAGCGGUUGAAUUACGAUCCUGAAACCAUUAUGGCUGAUCCAGCUGAUGAAGAGGGUGUCAAAGAGCUGUACGCCAAGUGGAUCCAAGAGGCACGUGGUGAUGAGCAAGGUACCCAUGGUCAGGACUGGUCAGAGCGCAUUCAGGAGGCGUUGGCAGAACCAACUGAUGGAGAGGCACUGAACGAUACUUUCAAUGCCCUAGUGCCGUCCCAAAUGACAGAAGAAGUGUUCUGGGAGCGCUACUUUUUCCGCGUGCAUCAGAUAGAGCAAGAAGAGGAAAGGCGAAAGGUUCUUUUGCGAGGUACAAUGGAAAACGAAGAAGACUUCAGCUGGGAAGACGAUGAAGAUGACUCUGUGUCCAAACCUACUGAAAUUGACAACCUCACUUCUGCUUCACAGCGCACGCUGGCAGCUCCACGCGCCCUUGUAGUAACAGAAGCAAACUCAGCACCAUCAUCUCACGCCCAUACUCCCGCUACCUUGAGCCCUCGGGAAAGCAGUGAAGAAAGUUAUGACCUCGUAUCUUCUGGGAACGUGAGCGUUGCAGGCGAGGGACACGAGACAAGUAAGGAUGAGGGUGAUGAUGAUGAUGCGGAUAGCGACGUCGACUGGGAGUAAUCCGGUUAGCUCGCAGCCUUUGAAGUCCUCGAUACUAGUAAGUUAAUCGAAUUUCAUGCGGAUUGUGACUCGGAAAUGUAUAGUACUUUUCUGAUAUAUGUGUAUCAUGAUUCAUUCUGUACGACUGUACAAAGCCAUGGGAGCUUAACGUUUAGCUACAGUAGUAGUUGGACUUGUUAAAUGCAGGGCUCGAAGAGAAAUCUGUUAACUUGACGACUUGAUAUCACAUUUUUGAUUUUUAUCCCGGU